UAGUCUUCACCUCUCCAACCUUCGCAAUGGAGGUGGUAAAUCGACUUGUUACGGAGUCUCUCUCAGAUUAUUUGAAGAAUCUUCCAGUUCCAAAGUCGUUGUUCGGGUUUGCAAGACUAUCUGUCACAGAAUGGGCGUCACUAGUGCCAUUUGUAGGGGCAGUGUCACUGAUUGUGUACAUGAGUGUGCAGACAUUCAAACCUAAACCACCCCCUCAGAAAACACCAGUCAAUCUGAAAAUACAGAAGGAGACAGCCAAAGUGGUUAAUAUGGUUGAUAUAGAAGACCUUGGUGAGAAAGUUUCCUACUGCAGAUGUUGGCGAUCCAAGAAGUUCCCUCUGUGUGAUGGCAGCCACAAUAAGCACAAUGAUGAGACUGGAGAUAACGUUGGACCAUUGGUGUUGAAGAGGAAGAGCUAAAACACUUAAAAGACUCAGAAGAAAGGGACACAUUGUGUGUGCGUGUAUGUGGUAGAGAUUUCAGAUUGUUGUGUAAUUAACAAAUAUAAAUUGCCUAUAUUUCCUGUUUGUGUGGAUGUAUGAUUGGAUUUUGAUAUGUCUCUGAAUUUUUGGUGUGCUUUUUUUUUUUCAAAUAAAGACCAGAUCUAAUGAAGACCUGAUUAAAGCACAACUCAGUGCUUUGUUACUGUUUUGAUAUUUACUAACAAUUUUACAAUAAAGUGUUUAAUUAUUGGAA